CACGAUUUGUUUGGCAUUAUUAAUUGAGGCCCCUAUUCUCGGAAAACCCAAACGAUCCCUUUUCUUAUUCUUCUGUUUAUUUCUACUUCCAUUCCAAAUUUAGGGUUUUCGCUUCCUUCGUCCUCUUCGUCUGCGAGGCAUAAAACCCUAAUCCUCCCACAACCUCCGAUCUCUUCAACUAGCCGUUAUCCACCCGUUUCCCGCCAUUCCCAACAUCAUCCCAGCCGUCCGUUCCUCUUAUUCUUCUUUUAAAAAACUAACCGUUAGAUCUCCCAUUUCGGGAUACCGCUGGGUUUGUGUUCCAUUUCUCUCUCUCUAUCUUUUUUUCGUUGCAAAAACUUUUUGACCGUUGGGAAUGUCGGCGGUGGAAGCGGAGAAGAAGGUUGAUGGGGUGGAGGAGGAGAGGGGGGGAGAACUCUUGUUCUGCGGUGCCACGUCUUGGGACACGGUUGGUAGGCGCAAGGGUCUCGAGGGCAACCUGGUCUCGCCGACUCGGCUUCGCCCACUCGUCGGCGUUGACAUCCGAUUCGUCGCUUCGGGUUGCGCAUCGUGUCAUUGCGUGGCGUUGGAUGUUGAAGGGCGUUGCUACACGUGGGGGCGCAAUGAGAAGGGACAACUUGGCCACGGAGAUACAAUUCAGCGGGAUAGGCCGACUGUGGUUUCUGAACUUUUAAAGUACAAAGUUGUGAGAGCUGGAGCAGGGAGGAGUCAUACAGUAGUGGUUACUUCAGAAGGAACUUCCCUCGCCUUUGGCUGGAACAAACAUGGACAGUUGGGUUCAGGCUCAGCACGAAAUGAAAUCGAGUCAUCUCCUAUCCGCUGUCUUGUGUCUGAAGUUAAAAAUAUUGCUUGUGGAGCUGAAUUCACUGUGUGGUUAUCUUCUGUUGAAGGAGCUACUAUACUUACUGCAGGUCUUCCACAAUAUGGACAACUUGGGCAUGGAACAGACAAUGAGUAUAACACUAAAGACAGCUCAGUGAAGCUUGCCUAUGAAGCGCAACCACGCCCUAGAGCAAUAGCUUCUCUUGCUGGGGAAACCAUUGUCAAAGUUGCAUGUGGGCUGAACCAUACUGUGGCAGUGGAUUCAAAUGGUUAUGUUUACACGUGGGGCUUUGGCGGUUAUGGAAGGCUCGGACAUAGGGAGCAGAAGGAUGAGUGGGCCCCUCGCCGUGUUGAUAUCUUUCAAAAGCACAAUGUUGUACCUCCAAAUGCAGUGAUUUCAGCUGGUUCUCUUAACUCUGCUUGCACUGCAGGUGGAGGGCAGCUCUAUAUGUGGGGCAAAAUAAAGAGCGCCGGUGAUGACUGGAUGUAUCCUAAGCCUCUCAUGGAUUUAAGUGGUUGGAAUUUACGUUGCAUGGAUUCAGGUAAUAUGCACCAUUUUGUUGGUGCUGAUUCCUCCUGCAUUAGUUGGGGCCACGCUCAAUAUGGAGAGCUGGGAUUUGGUCCUAAUGGGCAGAAAUCUUCUGCAAUGCCCAAAAAGGUAGAUAUUCUUGAGGGCAUGCAUGUUAUCAGUGUUGCAUGCGGAAUGGGACAUUCCAUGGUUGUUGUUGAUAGAACAAAUGUUGGUGACCGACUUGACCAGCUUGAUGUAUAUGAUGGCAAAACUUCUGGUGAAGGAAGUGUGGAACCUGAAAUUGAAGCUCCUGUUGCCAAGCAAACUCCUAAAAAGGGUGCUGCUAAAGCUUCUAAUAACUCCAAGAAGAGGAAGAAGUCAAAAGAUUCAUCUGACUCAGAAGAAGAGGAUAGUGAUGAUGACAGUGAAAAUGGUGAAGAACAGGUCAAUGGGCAGGCGGAAGAGAAAAAGCGAGGCGGGAAUGCUUCUGGUAGAGGUCAAGGUAAGGGUGCUAAUAAAGCCACCCGUGGGCGUGGUCGCCCUCCUUCGGCAAAUAAAAGUUCACAGCCUUCCCAAGGGAAAACCGGUAAAAGAGGAAGGCCCCGGAAGUCGUCAUAAGUUUCACACUCCCCGUUCAAGGUGGAAAUUUUGUUCUCUCGUCAUAGAGAGUUGUACGUUAUGAUCAAUUGGCUACUUUAUUUACAUUUCUUUUAAUUGUUUUAAAUUCUUUUUCCUUUUUUAAUUCUUCAGCCCCACUAAAAUGUGCUUGUUUAAUUGAUAGGAAACAGUUAUACUGUACUAACAUUUCAUUUUGGAGUUCUCAUUAAAAUGAGAAAAUGUUAGUUGCAGCUUC